AUGGGACAAAGCCAGUCCAAUGAAGGCAGACGCCAUGCUACGACGGAGCAGCUGAGCCACGAGCUGGCUUCCAAAUUCGCAAAGCGUUGCUUUACUCCCCUCGAACUCUACUCCUUUCAGGAUGUCUUCAAAAGCCUGGCAGAUUACCAGGACAAUAUUGCAUACCUCAAGGAAGACACCAUCGCGCGAUUUCUCGAGAUUCCGGAUAUCCUAGGUGUAUCUUCAGUCGUCUUUCAGAUGUUGUCGUACUUGGGAGCCUUUCCAUUCGGUAAAGAUGCACCAGUCGUAUUGGGGUUUGAGCAGAUGAUAAUGGUGGUGGUUAUAAUGACGGAGAGAUAUCAGAGGGUAUUGAGGAAAGGUAACCGGGACCGAACAAAGCUAUUCUUUCGAAGCAUGGCCGUCUACGAUCGAAGAGAACCCCAUAAUGAAACCGAGAAAGCGGAUGGUGGAACAGAAAUAGAUAAACAAAAGUUGGAAGACGCGGGAACCACUAGAAGUCAUGCAGCGGGCUUCGCGGUGGAUGAGCCCGUAAGUUACGAGGAAGAGGAAGAGGAAGAUGAUGACGAUCUUGCCCUUGCAGCGCUGGAGUCGCUGGAUGCAAUCGAAGUCUUCCAGCAUGGGGAUGCUCCAAUUUCCCAGGCUUCAAUACCAUCAGACAAUCUCAAGAAGCUAAUAAUGCUUCUUCUUCUAAUAGCGCCCCUUGGUGCCCAAGAAAGCCUGGCGCUACAUGCUGAGAGACUCUCUGGAGAGCAAUUAGAAGGACUCCGAAAAACGGCAGAUAAUAUUCUGGCAGCCUUUGUGAAUGUGGAAAAGUUUCCCGGAGUCAAGAUCCACCAAUUUAAUACUGUGAUAUCCUCUUCAUUGCCAUUUUUAUUCAAUGGGUUCAACCCGCUCUUUGAGCAUUUUCUUUUCUCGAAAAAUAUCGACUUCACCAAACGAAAAGAUUCUACGGGCGCUCCAGUACCGCCCCCUUUAGAUCCAACUGCGGAGCAACCUCUCCUAGCACAAACUGGUGAAAUUUUGGAUCUCAAUGUUCUGUCACAAUUAUCAUUCUUCAUUCCAGGCAAUUCGUUAUUUCGACGCCUUAGACUUCUCUACUCCGGAAGUGAUGCUGGGUUUUCAAUGGGUAGUUUUGAGACGAAAGUUUUCAACUGGCGUGCCCCAACUAUACUUCUUGUAUCUGGAAGUCGAAUAGCAGACCCUCCAAUUGGUGGCCAGGAACGAGCAUUCUCAGACACUUUACCUCCCAAAAGAUUCCCGGAUAGUAGCAAAUCAUCACGCGUCGUGUUUGGCGUCUAUCUUGGACAACCCUGGCGACAAACACACAAGGACUGCUUCGGCGACGCAGAGACCCUCCUAUUCCAACUGGAGCCCGUUCAUGAGGUUUUCCACGCCUCCUCAAUAAACACCGACUAUGUGUCCUACACCAAAUCACCCGUCCCGCACCCAGGGAUCGCAUUCGGUUCUCCACACCCGAAACCCAAAGCGACUUCCGGUCUCUCGCCUCUAGUUAAUCUCGGAGCAGUCUCUCUAAUGCUCGAUUCCUCAUUCGAAUUUGGAGUCUUUACCCAUAACUACACGAGCGGCGGAGGCGCAUUUCAUAACAGCGUGACCCGGAGAAGGGACUGGCAGGAUAGGUUUGAGAUUGAGAGUUUAGAGGUUUGGGGAUGUGGCGGCGACGCAGAGGCAGAGCAGCAGAGGCAGAGGUGGGCAUGGGAGGAGAAAGAGGCCGAGGCAAGGCGGCGAAUUAACAUUGGAAAAGGGGAUAUUGAAGCUGAUCGGGCGCUGCUGGAGAUGGCGGGCUUAAUUGGAGGGAAUAGGAGUGGUGGAUCUAUGAGCUAG